CAAUCUGUAUUAAGAAUAUAUAUAAAAUGGGUCGAGGACGCGAUGGCUUCAAGGUUACUUCGCGGAGCUGGAGCGCUGGCCGCGCAGGCCCUGAGGGCUCGCGGCCCCAGUGGUGUGGCCGCGGUGCGCUCCAUGGCAUCUGCAGGUGGUGUUCCCACUGAUGACGAGCAGGCGACUGGGUUGGAGAGGGAGAUCAUGCUGGCUGCAAGGAAGGGACUGGACCCAUACAAUGUACUGGCCCCAAAGGGAGCUUCAGGCACCAAGGAAGACCCUAAUUUAGUACCCUCCAUCACCAACAAGAGAAUAGUGGGCUGCAUCUGUGAAGAGGACAAUACCAGCGUCGUCUGGUUUUGGCUGCAUGAAGGCGAGGCCCAGCGAUGCCCCCGCUGUGGAGCCCAUUACAAGCUGGUGCCCCACCAGCUGGCACACUGAGCGCCUGCACUAAGUUACUCAAAAUGUGCUGUAAAGUUUCUUCUUUCCAGUAAAGACUAGCUGUUGCAUUGGCUCCUUAAAAAAAAAAAAAAAAAAAAAAAAAAAA